CCUUGAAUUGAAAACUCGUGGUUUGAGAUCAAGCAAAAAGGAAAUCAAUGGAGAUUGUUCUUCCCCAAAGAAGAGUUCCUGCCGCUGAAAUAGUUCCAACUCUUCCACUCUACCGUUCUGCUCCACCCCUUGAAGUCAGACUCGAAGAUUUCGAGAUUUUUGCUAUUCAUCGUCUCCGAGUUCUUCAAGGAAUAUCCGAUGGAUUAUCCAGAGGCAAGAAACCCGAUGAGAUGGAGAUAUCGGUUAGAGAUCUCUGGAAGUCAAAUAUGAUCCAGCCACAAACUUCUUCUGACGAAAUUAACAAGGACAUCAUCUCGCACUUCGUACUUCGUCUAGUUUAUUGCCGAACGUAAGGAGAUUUGAGAAAAUGGUUCCUUUCAAUGGAGACUACACUCUUUCGUUACCGAUUACGUCUUGAAAAAGCUGAAGCUCAGAGAGCACUCAUGGUGGAAUUUGAUCUUCCCUACAAAGUGGUUUCAAAUACUGAAUUGGAGAAUUUGAAGGAAAAGCUGAACCAAGUUGCAAGGUCCAUGGGUCAAUCUCUAUCUACUGGUGAUACCAUAUUCUAUAAGGUACCUUUUGAAGAAGUUCCAGAGCUUGUGGCCAGCCGAAGAGUAUUCAUCCAGAAAGGGUAUGCAUAUGUAGCUAUGAAUCAGGUGGUUUCCCUUCUUGUAACUCAAUUUCGUAGCUAUCUUUCGAAGGCACUGGUGCUGACUAACAGGAAGUGGACAUCUACCAUUAGAGAUCAGGAGAAGGGUAGGCUGACUCCCAUUGUUGAAGCUCUAUCAACUAGUUAUUUGGGUCCUGACUAUUCCCAGCCAAGUGAAUCUGCAGAAAUAUCACUCAAGGAUAUAGAACAAGCAGCUAAGACUUCAUUUCCUCUUUGCAUGCGUCAUCUAUUUGAUAAGCUAAGAGAAGAUCAUCAUUUGAAGCAUGGAGGAAGAAUGCAACUGGGCCUAUUUAUAAAGGGUGUUGGCUUGAAAUUGGAUGAUGCCCUAGCAUUCUGGAAAGCUGAGUUCUCAAGAAAGGUUGGUGCGGAGAGAUUUGACAAAGAAUAUGCAUAUAGCAUACGUCAUAACUAUGGAAAAGAAGGAAAGAGAACCGAUUAUACACCUUAUUCUUGUCAUAAGAUAAUUUCAUCAACCCCUGGUGUUGGAGAUCAUCAUGGAUGCCCUUUCCGUCAUUUCAGUGAGGAUAACCUUAAAGCAGCUCUUUCCAAAAUGGGAGUUGGCAAUCGCCCUCUUGAUGAUGUGAUGGGAAAAGUUCGUAAUAGACAUUAUCAGUUGGCAUGCACUUUAACCUUUGAAGCUAUUCAUGGAUCAUCAUGUGAUACUGGGAUCAAUCAUCCUAACCAAUAUUUCAGCGACAGCCGCAAAAUCCUCCAAGAGAAUAACCCCACAAAAUAAGAUAAAGGGAUGUCCAUGACCAUGAGUAAGUAGUCUUUCCCAUCAAACAUGCAAAUAUUUUUGAAGGAAUAAUUCUCAUAUAAAUUGAAAUAAUACAUUUGAUUUUUAGGUUAUUUUUUUCCUGGAAAGCAUUUUACACUCGAUUUCUUGAAUAUUUUUUAAAAAUGAAUGUUCUUUUCUUGCUAGGAUGGAGGUUCCAGUUCUUGAGUGAUUUUGGAAGUGGAAUGUUAUUAUUAUGAAGGUGUCAUCAUAAUGGUCAAUGCCAGUUUAAUUUGGCCUGAACAGUAACUGUUGUUAUUCCCCUUGUAAUAUGUAUAUACCAAAACACUUCACUCUUAGAUUUCAUUUUCAUAAAGAUAAAUAUUAUUUGGAUCU